CUGGUGCAGGAAGGCUUUAAAAAAAAAAAAAAAAACUUCAAGGGUCUCAGCAGGGGGCCUUGGGGUACGCCUGUCGAACUGGUGUAUGUGGGUCCUGUGGAGGGGGGCGAAGGCGCCUUAUCAUCCAAGCUCUCCUUAUGCUCCAUAUUUUCACCCAGGGUCCAGCCCCAGAAGCCCCCUUUGAUGCUCUGCGUGAUGAUGUCAUAGCGAGGGAGGGGAGCGAGGCACGAUCAAAGCCGAGGAAAGGGGAGGGAUGAAGAUGCGGAGGAAGAGGAGGCGAGGCACAUCCAAGACAACAACGGGACAAAGAUGGCGACAGCAUCCGCCGGCGGGACGUCCCCCCCUAAACCUCGCCAAGGGUUCGAGCCCCCGUUCGUCCACCUCAGGAUGACCGGUGAGACCACGCGGCGGAAGGCCGAGCGUCGACGCCACGGCCGCCAUCGGGCUCGCACGGCUAUGCUUGGUCGCCAUGAGACAGCGGCACCAAUCAUCGGUGCAGGAUUGGACCUGUGCAAGUGCGUGGACCCCACCUGACCGAGGAGACAUGAUGGCUCGGUCGGUUGGUGCUCCUCCCGGCUGGCUGACUGACUGACGGACUGACAGCCGGCAUGAGAAGGCUGAGAGGCGGCGUGCUCGCCCGCUGCCGGCGGGGGAGCAGAAGUGGACGGAAGCCACGGUGAACUGACGGCAGGUUAAAAACUGCAGGGUGACUUGUUUGCUUACAAAAUCAUCGCUACGGGGGCAAUUGUGACCUCUGCUGCGCGCAACCAGAGACAUGAACGUUGUCAGGGACUUACACGGGAUCGGCUUCAGAGGCGGCGGCGGGGUGGCGGCCCCGCUCGGCGGCCUGACCCAUUUCACAGAAGAUGCGCCGCGGCCGCCGGUCCCCGGCGAGGAGGGCUCCGACGUGGAGCCGCCCGCGCAGUCGGCAGCCAGCCGUCCCGGCACGCUUUCGCAAGCUCCCGGGUUCCCGCUCUCCCUCUCCGCCAAGACGGCAGACUCGUCCGGCUACGCGCCCUCCUCGUCGUCAUCUGCGACGCCACGCCGGCCCGACCUGGAUCUGGGCUAUGAACCGGAGGGCUCGGCCUCGCCCACGCCGCCCUACCUGAAGUGGGCCGAGUCGCUCCACUCUCUGCUGGACGACCAGGAGGGCAUCCAGUUGUUCCGCAACUUUCUGUGCCAGGAGGGCUGCGCCGACCUGCUGGACUUUUGGUUCGCGUGCUCGGGGUUCCGCAAGACCAGCCCGGAGAAGCGGGCCAAGCUAGCCAAGGCCAUCUACAGGAAGUACAUCGUGGACGGCGGCGGCAUCGUCUCCAGGCAGAUCAAGCCGGCCACCAAGAGCUUCAUACGAGACUGCGUGGGCAGGCCGAAUCCCGACCUCGCCAUGUUUGAACAGGCCCAGACGGAGAUCCAGGCCACUAUGGAGGAGAACACCUACCCUCUGUUCCUCAAGUCUGACCUGUACUUGGAGUACACGCGCACCGGCGGCGAGAGCCCCAAGCUGAACUCCAACGACCAGAGCCCGUCGUCGGGGCCCGCCAAGCCCGCUCCGGGCUGCUUGCCCACACUGACGGAAGGCGAGGAGUGGAGGUGUGGAGGUGGGCAGAGGGAAGCGGAGCAAGAGGAGGAGGAGUGCGGGGACACGCCGGCGGGAAGGCUGACCCACAGUCUGCUCAUGCAGACCGUACCGCAGAGGAUCUCCACCGGCAGGCGGCGGCAAGACACCAGGGAGUACAGACCCUGGAGAGAACCGGUGAACCCGUACUACGCCAACGUUGGUUACGCCUGCGCCCCAGCCACGAGUGCCAAUGACAGCGAGCAGCAGAGCAUGUCGAGCGACGCCGACACGCUGUCUCUGACCGACAGCAGUGUAGAUGGUAUUCCUCCUUACCAAUAUCGGAAGCGGUAUCGCAAGGAGAUGCAUGAAAGUGCCAAAGCUAACGGACGUGUGCCCCUACCUCAUAUACCUCGCACGUAUCGCAUGCCAAAGGACAUCCACGUCGAGCCUGAGAGGUUUGCAGCCGAGCUCAUCCGGAGGCUGGAGAUGGUUCUCCGAGAGCGGGAGGCUGAGGAGCGACUGGAAGAGAGGCUGAAGAGAGUACGAUUGGAAGAGGAGGGCGACGACGCCGACGUCUCCGUCACCACCUCCAUGUCGUCGCACAGCAUUUCGCUCCCUCUCCCAUCGUCCUUCCCGCCCCUCUACGGCGCCCAUUACUCGGAGACCACCGCCAACACGGCGACAGUCGCCGCCUAUGGCGGCCUGGUGGCCAUGGGGGACUCGCACGACGACGACCCGGAGUCCAUCUUGGAUGAGCACGUGCAGCGGGUCAUGAAGACGCCGGGCUGUCAGUCGCCGGGCGCCACCAACGUGGCCUUGGGAGGCGGCGGCCGACAGACGCCGCCCAAAUCCUCGCGGUCACCUGACGGGGGCAUCGGGCUACCUCACUACCCGUCGCACAGAGCGGGAGGACACAGUCUGCCUGCUGCUGUUCUCAAAGGAAUCCAUCACCACAAGCAGCUGUACCACCACCGAGGACGAGAAGGACAGGAAGAGGCGGGCUCCAGGUCGCAGCCCAACUUCCUGUGGAACGGCGAGCCGGCCGGCCAGUACGCUGCCAGGAGUCGAAACUACGCCGACGGCGCCGGGGCCAGCACCCUAGACGGGAUGGGCUGCAAUAGUAAAGGAAGCACGCUGUCAAGGCGAGGCAAAAAGCCGUCUGAGGCGUCGGGCAAAGGCGACGACGGCAGCCGCGGGAUGGAUGCGCAGGUGCCGCUGGAGGAUCUGGAGAGGAACCAGAAGAUCCUCCAGUGGAUGAUGGACGGAGACAGGCAAAGGAAAAGCUCCCACGGCGGCAGCACCAGCAGCUCACGGCGGACGGGGGGCAGCAGCGAGUCGCCGCGGCCCACCUCGGUGGAGCGCCCCGGGGCCGUCCAUCCGUGGGUGUCGGCCCAACUGCGCAACAACCCAUCCUCGCCGUCGACCGCCCUGGCGGCGCACCCUUCCACGCCCUCGGCGGCGCAGGUGCAGCCCUCGCAUCCCUUCAUCCAGGACCCCGCCAUGCCGCCCAACCCGGCCCCCAACCCACUCACCCAGCUGGAGGAGGCCCGGCGGCGGCUGGAGGAGGAGAGGCGGAGGGCGGCGCUGCAGCAGACCAAGCAGAGGCACAAGUCUGCGAAGCGGCAAGUGUGCGAGAACAUGACGGUGGCCUACUACUUCUGCGGAGAGCCCAUCCCGUACCGGACCUCUGUCAAGGGCCGUGUGGUGACUUUGGGCCAGUUCAAGGAGCUGCUCACCAAAAAAGGCCACUACAGGUUUUACUUCAAGAAGGUGAGCGACGAGUUUGACUGUGGUGUGGUGUUCGAGGAGGUGCGCGACAACGACGCAAUCCUGCCCAUCUUUGAGGAGAAAAUCAUCGGCAAGGUGGAGAAGGUGGACUGAAGAGGAGUUAAGAAGGUUGGGGGUGGGUGGGUAACGGAAGGAGAAGCAGCAUGUGGAGCUUGAAGGGAUCUCUAGCUCCGAGUGAGGAUUCGCCACCUUGCUCAAAAGUGGCCGCCGCCGUGGACAAAAUAGCGGGGGUGAUGUUGUCUUCCUCUUGUUCUCCAGAUCAUUAUUAACGAUGCUGCUACACGACCACGGAAACCCAAGAAAACCUUUCCACCAUCCAUAAACCUACUAUUAGGUGCUCGGCGCGGGCGGGGGUUCAAAGGGAAGUAAGCGCGCACCUCCUCCGCUCCAUUUGCGGGACGCCACGUGGGCGACCGGUCAAGUUCUCCAUACAAUGUGUUUACCAACCAAAGCUACGUUUUGUUUUGUUGUGUUGAAAUCGAUAUCUGAAUUGUGUAUGUACAAGGUGUGGUACUAUUAAUGCAGCCUAGUUUGGACAUAUCUCCCGCGUAAAUGUUGUAUUAUCGUAUACUUUUUUUUUCUUUUUCCUCUGUCUCAAUCUAAAUCCGUUCUUUCCUGCCACCUCAGCCCUGAUUCAGUAGCUUACACAACCGUUUUUUUAUGCCCUCUCAUCGUGAAAAAGAUUAAGUUAGUGGCAAACUUCAUCCGAUCCAGCCAAAGAAUGCGAUGCUGCGUCCUGUUAAUCGCUAGGAGCUAGUAAGAUGAACGCCACAGAGUGUUGUUCAAAUCCCCAAAACUGCUUUGAUUCAACCAUUCACAUUUUUUGACUCGCUGCCGACAAUGCAAAUAGUUGCCGUCCGAUAAAACAGCAUGUGUUCAAUUUUUUUCACCACUCACAUUUUUGUCCUUUAUCCGUGUUCUUCGGACUGUAAGUGGCUUCCGAGUAUGUCGGACCAGACAAAAAAUGCAUUAUGAAAAAGAAAGCUCAAUGCUGUAAAAUCCUCUUUUUUUGGGGGGGGGGGGGUGUUGAAAAGAAAAAACAAUCACUGAUUUAUGAUUCAUUUGGAAUAACUAGUCUUUAGCUCAUCUUAUUUGACAAUACUGUAUGUCUGAAAACAAAGAGCAACUCUGUCCUUUUAUAAAAGCAAGUAUGCUCAAAUUUUUGGGCCACAGAAAUUUGUUGUCAUUUUAGAUCCAAAACUCGCAAAACAUUUAUGCUUUCAAAACAGUGUACGUCUGCUUGAGUUUUUGCGGCACAUACCCGUUGGGACAAAAAUUUGGAUCCGUUUUAGCGGACAGCAACGACAUUUGCUUUUUUUACUUUGUCGGAUGAAAAGCGCUAGUUUGCAGGGUUUCUUCUGUAAAACAACAUUUAAAAAAUGAUAAUUAUUGGCAGAAAAAAAGCAGUUGGGCUGGCAAUGAAAAUUUGCCCGUCCUCAAGGGGAGGGGGGGUAAGAAAGAAGCAAAUUUGUCCGUAUGUCAACCUGAAUUUCGGAUGGUGAAUGUAUCUAUUUUUUUUUUUUUUUUUUUUUUGGGACAUCAAAUGUAUGCAGGUGUGCACACGUAUGCGUGCCAAGGUUUAACAUGGAAAAAAAUUGUAUCUGAAUGUGUGGACCUCUGAAGAAGUCGGUGGGGGAAAACGUCGAGAUUCCAAUCUGACUUAAACUUAUGCCUUUCUGAAUUUUUAAACAUGAUUUGUUUAUUAAAAAAAUAAUUUCAAUAAUCAACAAGCAUGUUCUGUACUUUGUAACAACGUUUCCAGUGGAUUUUCUUUUCUCAUGCUAGCUAACAUCUCGUUCUUGUUUGUGAAAAAUACAGUGCCUUUUUAUUGUAUCUUUUUUGUUUAUAGGGAAGAAGAAAAUUGUGAUUUCUUUGUUUUCACUUUUUUUUCUCCACUUCAGAUGUGGUAAACUCACUUUUCGCGAUCAUAGCCCGUUUGAUGUAAAUAUGUACAUUAACAUUUCAUAAGCGCGCCACAGCAAGAUGUCACUGUACCGGUUCCACUUGUACAUUUCUUUUCAAAAAAAGGUACUUCAUAAAUAAAGAUGUUGGAUAAGUA